UUUUCGACCGCUGGUCAAGGGGAACGAAGACUCUGGGAACGAGAUUGGUAAGAGAGCGGUUGCUCUCCCUCAGGGAGCAGCCAUCUUGUUAUCGUGUACCUCAGCAAUUAAGCUCCAUCGGAUUCGCUCGUUUUCCUUAACCACUCUUUAAUGGCUACUGCAGAUAAAGGCUUAGUUGGUUCACCAAAUUUCUCUGAGCCAUGGAAGUUCAGCGAUGUUGUCCUUGUCGUCGAAGGACAAAACUUCAUGUCCAUCGAAGCACGCCGGCAAUUUGGUCGCCCGUAUUUGACACCAUGUUCACUUCCAACUUCAAGGAGAAGAACAGUGUUGAAAUUCCGCUUCCAGGAAAGAAAGCAAACGAAAUUAAACUGGUGCUGCAAAUCAUGUACGAUACUUCAUGGAAUAGGAGUGUCUUGACCAGGGAAAAUUGUAACUUCCUGUUGGAUAUUGCUCACGAGUAUCAAAUAGACUCCAUUACUCAUAUGUGCGAGGAUUUCCUGGUAUCCUUGGUCAAGGAAAAGAGGGAGAAGGAUGUGCUGACCGUAUUGCUCGUUGGGCAGAAGUACAAUCUAGAAACACUGCUAAAGGCAUGUGUAUCUGAAGCUCGUAAAUUAAGUCUGAAGGAAUUGAAGGGUCAUAACAAGCGUCACGAGAUUGACCUGGAGAAUUAUCAACAGAUUACUGAUGGAAUAAUAGAGCGCCUUGAAGAAGAAAAUGCUAGAUUUAAAAAGAACCAACGGGCCUGGCAAGGAUGGUGAAUGUGUACAGUAAAUGCGAGACUUUGCGAGAAGGCGAGUGAAGCGUUUAUCUUCAAGUUGUGAGUCCGAGACAUCCUCAGACAUUUUGACUUCUUCCUAGUUGUCUUCAAUUGACCGAGACUUGCAAGAGUACAUGUUCUGAAGGCGAGCUCGAGACGUUCAGACUUCAUACAUCGCCGUACUUCGAGUUUUUCGUCAGUAACCUGGCAAAAAAUCGAGACUGCGAGACAGCUUUGACUGUAAAUAUCAAGACUGCGAGACGCAUGGACUGAUAUAAACAGAAAUUGAAAUCGAGUUUUAACUUCACUAUUUAAUAUAAUAUAAUUAAACAAAUUCUCGAGGAAAGGUUAGAAGUACUUCGGAGUGCUUUGAGAUGCCACCAGCCCUAUUAUUGCUAUAAAACUUCAGACGCUUUAAAGGGAAAAAUUGCAACUAAUGAAAAAUGACUCACGGAGCAUUCUGGUAAUUCAUUCUUGAUGGAUACUGUCUGGUGCAACUCGUUAAACAAUGUUUAUGGUAUUAAUCUGUUUUAACUGAGGAAAGCAAACUCGAUUUUUGCGUAACGAUAGAACAACCCUGUACGGUUUGUGCAUUCGGUGAUAUGAAAUGCCCAUAAUUGAAUGAGUUAAUCAGGCUAAAAUAGUCAAAUUUUGCAAUGUCAACUAAAAGACUGUUUAGUUAUUUCUUGAACUUAUUCUCUACAUUCCUGGAAGCAUAGUCUCUGACGGCUCGCUUUCCCAGAAAAUUGUAACUUUACAUCCGGUAAUUCUCUGUGUUGACUUCCGUUUUUAUCUAAAUGGUAGGGCGUUGGAUGGACACCGCUUCCUUUAGGGGCAGAGUCUCAGAAACCUCCGAAAAAGGACAAAUAGGAGGCAAUUCCCAAAAAAGCUGAAAACCCAACCAAUUUGAAAGGGAAAAUCUUCCUCGAAAACAGAACAAAACAAACAAACAGGACGAAACAAAAAACAUCAUCUGCUUCAAGGAAAUUGGAACUCAGUAUCAGACUAUUCAUGAUCUGGUAGUAAAAUAUAUCAACAAGCCUUAAUUUGAGUGUCAAGCUGAAAUAGCGGUACAAGAAUGACUAACUGGGGACACUGAAAAUAGAAAAUUUAAACUAAUUCACGAAACCCAACUAAAAAUUACUAAGGUUAAUUAAAAUGCUAGAGUUAAAGGCUGUAAAAAA